AUGCUAAUUUGUUUCAUAAGCAAGCCCACACCCACUCCCUCUCUCUUUCUGGAUUUCGGCUGCUCCCAAUUUUCAUCCUCCAGAAAGUGAGAAUGGACGUAAAUUCAAUGUUUCAUGUGGUGGCGCUAGCAUGCACGGCAUGAAUACGUGGUGGUAGAGUUGAGUUCGUUAGGUGUAGUUUCUGCCGUUGAUUUAGAAGGUUGCCAAGAUCUAGAGUUCAGAUGUUGAAUCAGACAGUGAAGGUGAAUAGGGACACAAUUGCGGCAUGCAUGACAUGCCCUCUCUGCAAUAAGCUCUUCCGCGAUGCCACCACUAUUAUCGAAUGCCUACAUACGUUUUGUAGGAAAUGCAUUUUUGAGAAGCUUUCAGACGAGGAAUUGGAAUGCUGUCCAAUAUGCAAUAUUGAUUUAGGAUGUGUCCCAGUUGAGAAGUUGAGGCCGGAUCAUAAUUUGCAAGAUGUAAGGACUAAGAUAUUCCCUUACAAGAGGAGAAAGGUGCUGGCACCUGAAUUGGUGACUCCAGUUACAUUACCGGCAAAGAGAAAGGAAAGAUCCCUCUCAUCAUUGGUUAUUGGUACUCCUAGAGUAUCGAUACAGAGUGGCAUGACUGGAAGAAGAUCAAAGUCUGUUGCAAGGAAAGCAUCAAGAGGUUCCAGUUUUACCAUAGAGAAACCUUUUAAGAAAGAUGAAGACUCCAUGGAAGACCAUCUCGAUAGCUCUAGCUCACCCGAGACUUUGAACAAAUUCUCUCAGAACAACAGGAAGAACUCCAGUGCUAUCCAUCCAUCUAGCUUCACAACACCAGAUAAUGGAAGAGAGAGUGGUUCUGAACCAAGGGAAGGGAAAGUUGAUCCUUGGAAACCUUUAAAUUAUUUGGUGGACGCUGCAAGUAGGAGUAAGUCUUCAAAAUUUACCUCGCAAGGUUCUGCUGCUAAAUCAGAAGCUCUACUAUCCCAAGACAAUGAAGGACAUGUUCGUAAAACCAAAAGUAAAGAACAUGGUCAGAAAUCGGUACUUCAAGAUGGGAAGAUCAGCAGUGCAUGUUCCCCCCCUGAUUCAGUAAAACCUAAAAAAUUGCGCAAAAUCCGCCAGAAAAAGGCUCAGAAUUCUGGGGAAUUUAGGAUCUCACCCCAGACUGUGCUUGAUGCUAUCAGUAUUAAAGGUGAAAGGAGAAACAAUCCAAUUUGGUUCUCGCUGGUGGCUGCUGAUAACCAGGAUGGAGAUACACCCUUGCCGCAGAUUUCUGCAAGUUUCUUGAGAAUAAAGGAUGGGAGCAUGCCCGUUUCUUUUAUCCAAAAAUACCUGAUGAGAAAACUGGAUCUUACAAGCGAAGAUGAGGUUGAAAUUAAAUGCAUGGGCAAGUCAGUAGUUCCCACAUUGCAACUAAAUAAUUUGAUUGACUUGUGGCUUCAAUCAACUUCUUCAGAAAAAGUGUCAGCAACAAUUGGUUCAUCCGCUUCAGAUUUCGUAAUGAUACUGGUGUAUGCUCACAGAGUCCCAGCUCCUUGAAUGUAUUCACCUCGAUUCUUUAUAUCUUCAAUAAUCUAUAUAAAUACCAUUUAAGAUUUCGGAAUAAGUUGAAGUUGCACUUCCUCACCCUGUCUCCGUUAUGAGCACUUCUUGUGAUAUCUUAUUUCUUACUGCUGUUACAAUAGCCAUAAAUGGAGAGAGAGACUCGUUCUCCGAGUCAGCUUACUGGGUGGCUUCUUUCUUUUUGGGAAAGUAGUUGCACGGAAGCAGAUGAAUCGCUGAAUUGGUUCAUGAACUGCCGGAGGUUUUAAGUGCGCUAUAGAUUGGGGUGUUUCGUGUGUCUGUUUCUUUGGACAUCUGUACAUUAGUGCAUCUACUAUGUAGGUGAAUUUUCAUUAUAUGGAGUGAUUUUCUCCCAUCAUCUUGGACUUGUAGAAUGUACUAUUAUUACCAUUUGACUUUAUAGUAAUUUUGUUUGAUGUCUUCUACUUGAGCUC